AUGGCCAAUCUACUCGAUCUGCCCCUACCGGCAACCGAGUCAGUGGCACUUCGUGAGCCACUGCUACGCCAUCUUCAUGAUUCCUUUCCCGAUAUCGAUGCGCACAUUUUCGAGCGAGAUAUUGAGGCAUGGGCCUUGCUGCGCGAGACCUGCAUCCAUGCGUCGAGUGCUACAUCGUCCUUGUCGUCAUGGUACCAAUACGCUACGCAGCUGACAUUUUUACUGCGUAUACUGGGUGAGCAGGUGGGAGUUGCAUUCCCAUGGUCGCACGAUAGUAGUACAUCCUCGCUGCAGCGUGAUCCACGCUUGGCGUGGGAGUAUACACAUGUGCACCUCCGUAUUGCCGCUGCCUAUGCACAGGGCGGCGCCUCCGAGUCCCGUGGGACAGUCGAUAGCGUGAAGCGAGCGGCCCACCAUUUCCAGCUUGCGGCGGGGUGUCUCACAGCAGCGCAACCCAUGGCCGUGGCAGAGUAUGGCGCUUUGUUCACGUGCUAUAGCGCGUUGAUGCUCGCGCAGGCACAAGAAUGCUUUUGGCAAAAAGCUGUGCAAGAUGGGCUUAAGGAUACCACCAUUGCCAAGCUCUCACGCAGCGUGUCAGAUCUGUACGCGAGUUGCGUAGCCUCUGCGUCGCUGGCGUCCGCGUACCUGCCACGUGGGUGGAUCCACCACAUGGAGUACAAGCAGCAUCACUUUGCGGCCGCGGCCGAGUACCGUAAGAGCUGUGAUGAUCUGGCGCAGCGAAGGUACGCUGAUGAACUGGCGCGAUUGCAUGCAGCUGCUGCCUCCGUGCAGCGCGCACGCCAACUGCCCGCACGUACGCUGCCUCUGCCUGCGAUUGUGAAGGAUUUGGAGCCGUUGCAGCGCAUUAUCGAUACCAACCUUGCACGUGCGGAACGAGACAAUGAGCUCAUAUACCUGCAAGUCCCGACAAGUGCAAGUCAGCUGCCACCCAUCGGCACAGCCGUUCUCGUAAAAGACACACGUCCUCCGGAGCUUGGGGAGGCUUCGAAGACCGACGACAGUGCUACGCCGUACUGGUUUGUACGGCUUAUCACCUAUGGCAUUGACGUGGCUGUGCGUCUGUACAAGGACCGCCAAGCGCAAUUCCUCCUUACGACGCUUGAGCCGCUGGCCAUGGAGAAAGACACAGCGCUGAGUGAACAGCUGCAGUCGAUGCAUGUCACCGAGACCUUGGACCGCAUUGAGUCGCCCCGCCGUAUGCCGGAACGGUGGCAAUCGUAUAUGGAUGUGCUGUCAGCGCACCCCGUCACAGAAGUCGAGCACCGUUUGCGGCAAGUCGAGGAUCUCGGAUCGCUGUGCAGCGACUUGCUUCAUGAAGUCGAGUCACUACUUUGGACUCCACCUGUGCCAUCUCAUGCCACGUCUCUCCAAACGCUCUGGAAGGAGUACGAACGCACAAUGGGACAGGCCUCCGUUAGUGAUGCCGACGUACGCGCCAAGCUGCAGCCGGCGCUCCCUGUGCUGCGCAAACUAGCGCAAGGACGCACAGCGCUGCAUGAGUGGCUCAACGCGGUAGCGCUGCCUUUGGAACGCGAACGCACCGCCUGCGCCUUGGACCUACGUGCCUUACGUCGCGCAUGUGAAAAGGCCGACGAUAUCAAGGCGCAAAGCCGAGAGAUUGUGUGGCGAGCACGCGCACAAGCGGAUACGGAUGACAUCCGGCAGCGAUUGCUAGACGUCGCACGCGAGCGGCAUUUGGUCGAGCCGACAACGACAAGUGCACGGCGCGUCGAUCCUGCGGCCCUAGACGAUGUACUGCAAGAGGCCAUGGCCAAGUACGAUGUGUACCUAGACGAGAUGCGGCACCAUGGCGAGAGGCAGGCGGAAGUCCUGGCCGAGAUCCGGCGCGCACAUACGAAACUGCUACGACACGCCGCUUUAGCCGAGGCGCUCGAUGCCCAAGCAGCCGCUUGGCAGCACAUCGAUGAGGCCUACGAUACGUGGCGCGAUGUGUGUACGCAUGCAGAAGAAGGCUAUGCGUUCUACGAGCAGCUUUUCUCAAUGCUGCAGCAGCUACGUAGCGACGCUGCAGCGCUGCGUGGUGGCACCUGGGAAGGCGGUGUCAUCCAGUUUGCCUAG